AUGGCGAACCCAGAGCAUGGAAACCAAACGUCCAUCACAGAAUUCAUCCUCCUGGGAUUUGGGGACCUCCCUGAACUGCAAAUCCCUCUCUUUCUGCUGUUCCUAGUGAUCUACAUCGCAACCAUGGCUGGGAACCUCCUCAUCAUAGUGCUAGUUGUGGCUGAUCGGCACCUUCACACCCCCAUGUACUUCUUCCUGGGGAACUUGUCCUGCUUGGAGACCUGCUACACCUCCUCCAUCCUGCCCAGGAUGUUGGUCGGUCCCCUGACUGGGGACAGGACUAUUUCAUUUAGUGGCUGCCUGACACAAUAUUAUUUCUUUGGUUCUCUGGUUGCUAUAGAAAGUCUUCUCCUGUCAGUGAUGUCUUACGAUCGAUAUUUAGCCAUAUGCAAUCCAAUGCACUAUGCCUCCCAUAUGAAUGAGAGGUCUUGCCUGCAGCUUGCAGGUGGCUCCUGGAUAUGUGGCUUCCUAGGUAAUAGCAUAACAACAUUUUUCAUAUCUCAGUUAAUGUUCUGUGGCCCCAAUGGUAUUGACCAUUUCUUUUGUGAUCUCAUCCCCCUUGUAAAACUCUCCUGCAAUGACCCUCAGCACAUGGAAAUGGUCGCUGUUGCACUCAGCUUGAUUUUCUCACUGGUCCCAUUCCUUCUUACCUUGAUGUCCUACAUCUGCAUCAUCUCCACCAUCCUGAGAAUCCCAUCUAGCACAGGGAGGCAAAAGGCCUUUUCCACUUGCUCUUCCCACCUCAUCGUGGUGAGCAUUUUUCUUGGAACUCUGCUGAUUGUCUAUACAUUUCCAACCACCAACAUCCUGAGCGACUUAAAGAAAGUUCUUUCUCUCAUCUACACAGUCCUGACUCCCCUGGUCAAUCCCCUCAUCUACAGCCUGAGAAACAAAGAGGUCCAGGAGGCCCUGAGGAAAGCUUUCAGGAAAUUCAUGUUUGGACCAUGCUAA